UGCAUUCGACCAGCCGCCCUGCCGACGGCACACAGCCCCUUCAGAGCCCCUCCCCCCUCCCCCCCCCCCACCACCACAGCACGAUGAAGCUUGCCAUCCUGCUGGUGGCCGCGGCUCUGCCGCUGGGGUGCCUGGCCGUCGCUCCCUUCCGCAUUGAUGUUGACGUGAUCACUCCCGAGCCCUGGGAGGUCUGCGAAGCUCUGGCCCCCGCCGAGUGCGCUGCCCAGAGCGACCGCUGCUCCCUCUGCAAAAACACCUUCCUGCCCGACGCCCAGCUCUGCUUUGAGCCCACCAUCGCCGAGGCGCUGCCCUCUUUCAUCUUUGAGUGCGAGGGCGGCCCCCAGCCCGAGCCACCCGCCAACGCCGCCGACAACAAAAAGGCCAAGCCCGCCCCCUGGGAGGUCUGCGAGAUGUACGGCCCUGGCGAGUGCUCCGACAACAAGGACCGCUGCUCCCUGUGCGAGAACAAGGCCAGCGGCAAGGCGCUGUGCUUCGACCCCAAGAUCGCCUCCAAGCUCCCCGAUUUCAUCUUCAAGUGCAAGGGCGCGUCUGCUGACGAGGGCAAGGUGCUGGGCCGCCGCAACGGCCCCCUGGAGGAGACCGCCGAGGCCGACAACAAGAAGAAGAAGUCUGCCUGCGAGCCGUUUGGCCCCGGCGCCUGCGCCGACAACCGCGACCGCUGCUCGCUGUGCAAGGAGAAGAUGAGCGGCGUGGAGCUGUGCUUCCGCCCCUCCGUGGCCACCAAGCUGCCCCCCUUCGUGUUCAAGUGCUCAGAGGUCAAGACUGAGGAGGCUGCCGCCAACGAGGUGGCUGAGGAGGCCGACGAGGACAACAAGAAGGCCAAGCCCGCCCCCUGGGAGGUGUGCGAGAUGUACGGCCCCGGCGAGUGCGCCGACAACAAGGACCGCUGCUCGCUGUGCAAGCAGAAGACCAGCGGCAAGGAGCUGUGCUUCCGCCCCCAUGUCGCCGCCAAGCUCCCUCCCUUCGUGUUCAAGUGCUCAGAGGUCAAGACCGAGGAGGCUGAUGAGGACAGCAACAAGGCCAAGCCCGCCCCCUGGGAGGUCUGCGAGACCUACGGCCCCGCCGAGUGUGGCGACAACAAGGACCGCUGCUCGCUGUGCAAGGAGAAGACCAGCGGUGUGGAGCUCUGCUUCGACCCCAAGAUUGCCUCCACGCUCCCUCCCUUCAUCUUUGAGUGCUCCAAGGUGAAGCAGGAGGCCGCCGCCAACGAGGUGGCUGAGCAGGCCAGCGAGGACAACAAGAAGCCCAAGCCGUGGGAGGUCUGCGAGAUGCUCAAGGCGCCCGCCUGCAAGACUGCCAAGGGCUGCUCCCUGUGCGCCGAGGAGAAGACCGGCGACGAGAUGUGCUUCUCCGACAAGAUCGCCUCCAAGCUGCCCCCCUUCGUCUUCAAGUGCACCAAGGGCGAGGAGGCCGACAGCGCCAACGCCGUCGUGGCCGAGGAGCCCGAGGCGCCCCCCAAGCCCGCCCCCUGGGUGCCCUGCGAGAGCUUCAAGGGCCCAGAGUGCGAGGCCCACAAGGAGUGCGCCCUGUGCACGGUGGACACCCCCAAGCGCAAGGAGAAGGGCAAGCUGCCCAAGGAGAUGUGCUUCGGCGUCGACCUUGCCAAGAUGCUGCCCCCAUACGUGUUCCAUUGCAAGCUUCCCAAGGAGGAUGCCUCCACCGUCGGGGCCGAAGUCUGAACCUGAACCCGAUUGCCCCAAACUCACCCAACCUCUGCUGAUGCACCACCUUGCAAGGACCCCUAUCAGUACCUGUCCUGCCAGCCAAGGCGGCAGUAGUGCAGGCCUGUGCUUUGAUGUGCUGCCGGCUGCGCUGGCAGGCAGGUAGGUAGAUCUCAACGUUGUGCCCGGGCCCAUCUGCGCCGCGUGUAGCGUGCGCAGUGCCCGAUGGCGGGUCCCCAUACCCCUGACCCCCUUUUGAUUGCCCCUUUUGGAGCGCCCCACCUCACCCCACCCCUCUGGAGAGCCCAUAGCUUCAACGGACCCACUUUUGCAACCAACCCUGGAUACAGUGCCAGCGUGUGCCCCGUUCUGCGGUAGCGCCGCCGGCAUCUCGGGUCUGCCCUUGCGAGAGAAGCACACUGCAUCCUCUGAACUGUGAAAACAAAUUGUAAAAAAAAACAAGCAUC